GAUUGUUAUAGUUUCAGUGUGUGUAGUCCCCAAUAAAUAAAGGUUUCGUAAGGGGAAACAAUUGAAUUAUAAUCGCACGUAUAUAAAUCAAGUUGGCUCGUAAUAUUUCAUAAAUUGUAAGUAGGCAUCUUUUCUGAGAAAGAAAGGAGAGAGUUAAUUCUAUUGAUAAUUAUGUAUAAUCACAACCAUAAAUAUGCUCUAACUGUAUGUCUGAUUGCUAUUACACUUGUCUCAUCAUGUAUUGCCGCCACUGUUGAACCAUUACCUCAACACCAACAAUCGGUUAUGCAAUACAGUAAGAGGGGUACAUUGGACGCUCAACCCAUGGUCAAGCUAGCACAAACUGGAUUAAAAGGAAUCUUGGGUGUCACUAAACAUACUGUAGACGGUGAAUUUGAUAUUUUGGGGCGUCACAAAGGUGGUAGCGAUAGCGAUGACGAGGAGGAUGAUGAUGAAGAUAAACGCAGAGGGCGUGGUUCAAGGACGUCUCAUCAUACAGGAUUUGGUACCGAUCUCAAUAAUAAAGUAAAGCAUAGAAAUCAAGGCAAGGCGAAAAAAGCAGGUACAGCAACAGCAAGUGUUGCUCCAGCUGGUAAGAAUGAUAACCACGGUAAAUAUGGUGUGAAACCGAUGAAUGACACGACAGCCAAGAAGCUGAUUAAGAGAAAUAUUGCCGACAAGAAGAAUUACAGAAGGAAUGUGUCCUCUGUUUCUGCUCCUUUCAAUGUUCAAAGCCCUAAAACGUUCAGUGAGCAUGAUGAUGUGAUGAAGAAUAGUAUGGAGCCUGCAAUAGGCAGAAAAUAACACUUGCUCAACUUAUUUCCAGCGAGGAGAUAGAGAAGUAAGAUUUAAGAUCUGUAUAUUUUGCAGCUUAAAUACCAUGCUGCUAAUCCUCCCUUAACCACAAUAACUAUUGUUCUAAAUUAUUCAUAACUCUUUG